AUGGUAAUUCGAUCAUUAGUCUCGUCCGUUGUGUUUAGUCUACCUUUGGCUGACAAAAUAGUUCCCGAUGUGGUUGCACGUAAAUUGAAGGGAGACUCAGACAACAAUGAUGACUUGGUACCAUACCCAUACCCCAAGUUGCAAGAAUCUCGAGAACAGAGAAUAUACAAGAAGAUACUUGCUAAGAGAAAGUACCUGCAAGUUGUGACGGCACCUACAUCCCCUCUUAGUGGAUCGUCAUCAACAUUCUCUCCUGCUCCUCCAUAUAGCAGGUCAAAUAAUCUACAUUAUGUUGAGGAGGAUGAUGAUGAUUACUACCCCGGUGGAGCAAUGCUCGCUGUAGAACCAAUUCAUAAGACUAGUCCUCCCUUAUCACAUAGAAGGGACCCCUCGACCAAUAAUCUUGACAGCGAUUAUGGGACUCUCAUUCCCUCCUCAGCGUCUUCCCAGAAUGUUGACUACAAGAGGAAAGUAUCGUUUCCGCAGGAACUUCAAAAUGAUCAGAGUGCUCUUGGGAUCUAUUCUUCAUCUAGCAGAGAGGAGACUUCAAAUGAUAGAGUCAACAGAUACUUAGAGGAACAGAACGAGAAGUUUGAUGCAUUAAUUAAUAGAAAUAUCGAGGUUGUACUCGAAAAUGACGAAGCUGUACUCCCUUUAACUUUACAAGAGUCUAUUUAUGAUCUUUUGGAUGUUAGGGACCGUAACUUGUCUCAUAAGUUUCAGGACAUCUCAUCCAUUGUAGGAAUUGCUGCCUCCAGUGUACUUCCAUCGAUAUCGUUACCAUGGAGAGGGAAAGAAGCUACUGGUGAAAGUAGCCUAGAGCUCUUAUCGUCGGCUUCAAUUCCAUCCUCUUCUCGUGCUACAUCUACGUCUUCCCCAUCUUUGUCGUUGAGCUCGCCAUCCACAUUUGCAUAUCCGUCUAAGAAAGUUGAGAAAUCAGAGUACUUACCCUCCGUGAGGGCAAUGGUAGAUGACUUAGACGUGUAUAAAAAGGUACAGUUAUAUAAGUAUCUACAAGAAGAUUUAGACGUUUAUGAAGAUGCUAAAGACGAAAUGUUUGGUGCAAAUACCCCUUCUUCCUCGUCCCCAGACGACCUGCACUACUUACAACUCAGCGAAUCUGGUAUCACGUUGGACAAGAUCCAGGCGCUUGCUAUUCUACUGGUUAGAUUGACUUUUGCUGGAAUCAAACUUGCUAUUCCAAUUUCCAUAAGGCUCUAUCACAAAUUUACUGAAAAUGACUUAUACAUGAUCAACAAGAAGAAUUUCAAUUCACUCUUAGGAUUUCUUAUCAAACUAUUAAAGGUAGUUGAAGAAAAAGUGAAUGGUGACACUAUAAGUGUAUAUCAGUAUGGUCACCAGAAUAGUACUAGCCCCGAGAGCACCAGUGACCAAUCCAACAUUUCCCCGAAAGGGGACCCAUUCGAUGAACUUUACGAUGAAAUGGCUAAUAGUGCAAGCCAAUUCUUUAGUAAUCAACUCAAUGACGCUACAGAAGAAGCAAUACAGAAAAACGACAGUUCCACAUGGCAGGGCAUGGCAAUAAACUACAUUUUAAACCAGUAUAUAUCGUCCAGAGACCCAAAUUCAGUAGCUGUUCGAAGACGCAGUGGAAAAAUACAUUACAAGGACCCUAAAUAUUCAAAGUACUAUUCCAAAGGUGGAUAUCAGUACAGAGACGAUGAAUUUUCAUCUUCCAGCCCAUCAAAUUCAAGCAACGAUUUGAUUUCAGAAAGUGAAAAGAACGAUGUGAGCAUUUUAAGAGCAGCUGAACAGUUUGCUGGUGAACUUUAG